AUGGAAGACGACUAUCUGUUUGCAUACCGCUACUCAGGCGAGAUGCAGUAUGGAGUCAGACACCGAUGGCUGAUUUCGCUCCCCAUCCUGCCAGGCGAGCCCCACCUCAGCCCGAUCUUCUACCUUGGCCGCCACCUACUCAGAAUGGAGAUACGACAGACGGUGUUUGACGACUGCGAGGCUAUCGACUUUCUUAUUCAUUUGCUUCGGUACGAUGGCGCUUUCACCUUUGACAUGGAGCUGAAAGUCAUGUCAACAAGAAGGAUCACGUCCUUUGAGAACCAUGAGAGCACUGUUCUCUUUUCCAGGACCACAACGACCCACCUUGUCAAAGACUUUAUGCUCCGUGCAAACGAUAAAUCAUCGCAAACGGUCAUCUUGGAAGUGACGUUUAUUGGCAUGCGAGAGACAAGUGGGCUUCAGAAUGGGAAAACCCGAUUGCGACUCGAACUGAACGGUGCCAGUUUACCGGAAUUCGCUUACGGUGCCCAGCAGUUUUUCUGGAGGGCGGUCAGCCGAUUCGAGGAGUUGGAGUAUUCGGGCUUUGACCAGUCGAGACGAGGACUCAACUUGGAUGUGGCCUUCAGUCGACUGAAGCGCCUCACCUACUUGACAGUGGACGGCAACGACAUGCGGGACCAUGACCUGAGGAUUCUGAAAGUAUGUCGUGGUUUGACGAGACUCAGGUGGUCGAGGACCUUUGAAGGCCUCCCGGUCGAUGUAUUUGUUCCUUAUCUUGAGCUGCCACUCCUGGAGGAUCUUGAGUUGGAAAGAGUGGCCUACACGGACGAGGGCUUUGCAGCGAUAAUCUGCCAUGUACCGCCUCUCAAGCAUCUCCGCCUGAAGUCAACAAUGUUGAGUGGAUGUUGGAUCAUUGGCCUUUACUCAAGAGGAUACAUGGAGACCUGUCAAAAGAUCGGGAGUUUGAGAAGGAAUUCUUCUGAAGUCGAUUAUUUGAAAGGCUCGGAGUCAGAACCUGAAGAACUUGGAGGUGACAGAGAUGAAGAUGAGGAGGAUGUUAUCGCGGCGGUGACGAUACAAAGAGUUGAUGUGCCACGAAACAUUCCCGACAAUAUGUUGCGCGCCUUGGAGGCAUCGAGCCAGAACCAGGCGAAUGACAUGCAGGUGUUAACGAAGCUCCUGAGCGCAGCUAAUGACAACCUUGCCCAGCAGUCCAGCCAAAGCGUAUGGACGAACAAUAUGCUCGCAUGUCUUGCGGAAGAUUUUCGUAAACAACAAGAACAGCUUCGAGUCCAAGCGGCAUGUAUCCAGUCUAUGCAACAAGCAAUGGACUCUAUGGCGCGGCAGCAGCGCUUCCAAGGGCCUAUUCCUGGCUAUUCGGGCCAAUCGAACCACUUCGGCACUUCUGGUGUCCCAGGCCCGGGUUGGCUGCCUCCCAGCGGUCGUAAUUCUGGCACCUCGUCUCCCACGCCAAAGCAGAAGCAGUCCAAGUCAGUCAAGGGUUCUACGCCGGUCGCGAUCCUUCCGCUCCACCCAGGCUCUGAUAUUCAGGAUCUUCCUUCGACUGUUGCACCACCGUCGAUUCAACAUCAUCCUUCCGAGUUGGAACUUCUACUGAGAAAUCAACCUAAGGACACUCGACCGUCCGAAACACAUCCACCGGAGCCUGCAGUAGGACAAUCGAAAGGGACAGAGCGUUCGCGUGGCCAACCACGGGAUGACUGGUUCAUUUGGACAAGAGACCAUAAUUCGACCAAGAGUAUAUACGAGGAGUUUCGUCGGUAUGAGAGCGAGCUAAAGGCGAAGUUGGAGCCCACAGACGGCAACUCCAAACGCAGAGCCAGGUUACCACAACGACAAGCAGACAAUACGGAGAGGCAUGUCAGCAACAUCAGGAGAAUAGCAAACGAGGUGAAUCUUAUCCAGAAACGUCUCAUGCAAGAUGAUAUUAUUUCCAAAGACGAGGCACUCUUGGCAGCAUUCGAAGAGAUUGAUGGUUUGGUCAAGCGCAGAUCCAGAGAUGGGAACUAUUCCUGCAACCAGGCCACGGAGCUGUGUACAGAGCAAAUGAUUGCUCGUGGGGAGCUGAAGACCAGAAAGUAG